AAAGUCAGACAGCCUGCAGUCUGUGCUUACAUUUAGUUGCAGCUGGUGUCUUUGGUACAGCAAAUAUUUCCAUCGCAUUCCUCGCAGAGAAUUAGGAGCUGCUUGAGAAUUGCACACAUAUCCACGGCCACCACUCGCUGUUCUCUCACAAUCACAACCAUCCAAGGGCGGCGAUAUAAGCUAAGAUAUCCUGCAGUCACUAUUCCACUGCUAGUCUGACAACGUGCAUUUAACGGAGAUGGCACCCAGCAAUCAUAACUUGUUUGGAGUCCAAUGAUUACCGUGUCAUGGGAGGAUGACACCUUAAAAAAAUAACUGCAAUUCUGGGUGCAGAGGGCCAUUUCAACGCAAAACGGAUUCCUCUCAACCCCAGCCUUAUGCCUGAACACAAGAGAGAAACAGACGUGUCGAUAUAAGUUUUUCUCCAUGAUGCUCUACCCCCAGUUUGGAAAAUUCCUUCAGGAAAGAGUUAAAUUCCUCUCCACUGUGUGCCCGGUGGGAGCUGGACGUUACAUGUACAAACAAUCCAAACCUCUAACAGUCGAGGUCACAUUUCAAGUGAGACCAAAGCGAUCUGAACUCCCAGAACUGAACACAGGCAUAUUGCGAGUGGUCACUCGCGGAGAUUCGUCUGUUCACACCAGCAACAUAAAGUUUGUGCGUCGCCCGUCGCCGCAGCAAUGUGGAAACUAAAACCUCCGCUGGAAUUGCCACUCAGUCUCAAGUACAACCACAUUUUGGAGCAAUUAACUCCACGUGAUCCUGCAAUUAACAUUAAAAAAUUGUCAGCUGAAGAAGAAUUUCCAAACUUGGGCAAAAACCAGACCUAUAUGGCAAAUGUUCUUACGAUCCAAAUGUACAAGAGACUGAGGAACCGGGCAACUCAAAGUGGCUUCACACUAGAUGAUGUUAUCCAGCCUGGUGUAGAUAAUCCUGAGCAUUCUUGCAUGAGAACAGCAGGCUGUGUGGCUGGAGAUGCAGAAUCAUAUACUGUCUUCAUGCAGUUUUUUGAUCCUCUUAUUGAACUUUAUCACAGUGGUUACAAGACAAAUGAAAAGCAUGAGAGUGACAUGAAUCCAGAAAACUUAAAGGGUGGAUCUGAUCUAGAUGGACAAUAUGUACUGGCAUGUCGAGUGAGCACAGGGCGCAAUGUGGAUGAUUUUAGUUUCCCACCACACUGCAGCCGUGGGGAGAGACGUGCACUGGAAAAGCUUGCAAUAGCAGCCCUCCAUGCAAUGGAUGAUGAAUUUAAGGGCACUUAUCACUCAUUGAAGAACUUGAGUGAGGAAGACCUUCAGGGUCUAACCAAUGCUGGAAUCCUUACUGAUGAUCUUGUUACUCCAAGGAUGCUUUCAUCUGGAAUGGCCAGAGAUUGGCCAGAUGCACGGGGAGUCUGGCACAAUGAUAUGAAGAAUUUUAUUGUCUGGGUCAAUAAAGAAGACCAUCUUCGAAUUAUUUCUAUGCAACAGGGAGGCAAUCUGAAACAAGCUUUCACACAGUAUUGCUUGGGUCUUAAAAAGCUUGAAGAAAUAUACCACCAGAAAAAGCACCCUUUCAUCUGGAAGGAUAAUCUAGGUUAUGUGAUGACUUGCCCUUCUGAACUUGGCACGGGCAUGCGGGCAAGUGUCCACAUUAGGCUGAAGUAUAUCAGUAAGCAUGAGAAGUUUGAUGAGCUCUUGCAGAGACUACGUCUAGAAAAGAAAUUCACUGGUGCUGCCCUUGCUUCCAUUGAAAGUGAAGUCUGUGAUAUUUCUAACAUAGAUAGAAUUGGUUUCUCCGAAGUUCAACAAUUACAGCUUGUAGUUGAUGGCGUUAAACUGUUGAUCAGCAUGGAUAAAAAUAUUGAACAAGGAAAAUCUAUUCAUGACCUUAUUCCUGCUCAGAAGUAGAUGGAUGUACAUAUACAGUACAAUUAGUGAAAUGAAAUUACAUUUUCUUCAAAAGAUUCCAGCAAUGAAUUGUGGGAAUGGUUUUUGUAAUUUUGGAUUAGUUUCUGUUUAAAAAUCAUUUGUAUAAAACUAUGCAGUGUGAAACACUUCAGAUCUGUUAAGAUGGACAUGAUAAAAUAUUUGCAGGCUAAACACAGCAUUAUGUUGUACUUUUUUUAUAAGCACAUAUUUUUCAGUCGAAUUUCUUUCACUCAUUUAUAUACUCUGCAUGUCUGAAAGAAAAUACCCUUCACUUGGUCAUAAUUCCAUGGAUACACGUGUUUAAUGGGAGGAAAGGUAAUUCCAUCUUCACCUUAUGUUUGUAUCAACACUUCCAGCAGUGGUAGCUUUUCCAAUUAUCUAAGGCAGAAACCUGGCUACUCAAACUAAAUAUAUUGGAGGCUAUAUAUAUUUUACCUCUACCACUGUCUUGGCAUUUUUGUUAGUUCAGGAUGCAGACUGAACCCAAGAUUUUCCGAGCUUGUAUAAUUUUCGUGAAAUUUAAAUGGGAAUUUAAAAAGUCUUAUCAUUAUGGGCAAGAAAGAAAGACUUCAAAUCCUUUUCCUCCAAGUUCU